AGCUUCAACUCCACAGCUGCCUGGUUGCUAGACGACUAUGCCCGCAACACCGUAGCGAAAACACAACCUCUGCUAAGAAGAACGACAGCUCUUCGCUAGUUUUUAUAACGUAAACGGUUAAUAGUAUGUAUUUCUACAUACGCAGCCUAUUACACGGGACGACGUGUAGUUUUCCUAACUAAAAUUCCGAGUUGUAGCAUAGCUAGCGUGUCUUUUGUAACCCCAAUGUUUUUUUAUAAUUAGCCAGAGCUGAGACGAGCUUUCUGACUGGAGAAAAAUGGAGAGAACAUUACACAAAGCAAAAGUCGAGUUUUUCAGUUUGACGUAACGUUGAUUUUAUUUGCGAUGUUUAAUUCGACUGCUAAGAUGUCUUUGGAGGCCAAUGAUGUUCAUUCAGACUGCGAGGAUCUGAUUGAAGAGGAUUUUUCUCUCCCUGCUGAUAUUAUUUCUGAAAGGACACCAAGGAGAAAACAGUCUUCUGGGAAACCUCCUUCUUCUCAAAGAUCACCAUACCUCUGCAGUUUGGACCUGAGUUCCAAGAGAUCAUCGAUGGGAACCUGGAGACGACCAAGGGUCUCCUUGGGGGAAACCAGAGGCGACACUUCUGGGGAGAGUGUUUCAGCUUGCCUCACAUCCCUCAGCAACGGCCAUGACGGGUCUCACACACUGGCUUCAGAGGCUGAACAGAAACCGAGCAUCAGGAAACACAGAUCUCUCCACUUUGAAUCCAAUGGCUUCACUGCUGGUGUAGGAGAGCACAUGAAGAAGGAGGACAUGUAUGAUGAGAUCAUUCGUCUUAAGAAGAGUCUUCAUUUUCAGAAGUCUGAUAACCAGCAGAUGAAAGUCAAACUACGGCGCCUGGAGGAAGAAAACGCUAAAAGAGAAAGACAGAUUGAAGAACUGUUGGACCCCACAAAGGGAUCUGAAUAUACUCACAGCUUAGUGGAUAAGAAAAGAGAGGGGAGUGUGGUUGUAAAUGGGCUGAAGCAGAGAAUCCUGAAACUGGAGCAACAGUGUAGAGAGAAAGGAAAUGCCUUGAGUAAAUUACAAAGUGAGCUGAGAACCACCAGCCUGGAGGAGCUGAAAAUCACUGUGGAAACUUACUUUGAAGAGAUUCAGAGGCUGGGGAUGCUUCUAGAGGCAGCAGAGAAAAGCAGUCGAGCAGAGAGUAAAUGCUCCCAGCGGCAGCAGAAGGUCCUGAGCUCCACCGUCCAGCGUCUGGCGGAGAACCUGAAGCAGCUUCAACAGGAGAACGCAGCGCUGAGAGAGGAGCUCAACACUGACAGUCCUGCUGGAGGAAUUAAAGGUUACAGAGAGUGGAGUAAACAGAGACUGCUGAGGAGGCUGUUAGAGCUGGAGAAGAGGCUGGGGUGCAGCAGAAGACACGCCCAGUCUGCAAAAAGCAGCACUAGAUUGGAUAAGGAGGUCCAGGCCACGCUCACAGCAGCGCCGAGGUUUACCAUGGCAACAGAGAUGGCAGUCUCCGUGGGAACCGUCACCGAGGAAGCUGAGGAGAUUUCUGGUCAGAGCAAUCACCUCAGCCAACUGGAGAAGGACAAGGUGGAACUACAAGAGCUGCUGUCAUGUAAAGAUGAGGAAUUAUCGCAGCUGAGAGCAGAAAGAGACGAGCUGCAGAGACAGACACAACGGCUGAAAGCUGAGCACAAACAACAGAUGGACCACAAGAAACAGCAGCAUAGACAGGAGUUGGAGCAUUUGAGGACAAGGAGUCAAACUCUGGAGGAGGAGAGAAACAAACUUGUGACGGCUGAGCUCUCCCCUCCUCCUCCUCCUCCUCCUCCUCCCAUGGUGGCAGAGAAUCAUGAAGACACUCAGGAGGAGGUAGAACAGAUGGAUACUGGGUGUAAGGAAAAGGAGGUGGAUGGAAAUGAAGAACACAGGACUGAUGCUGAGACAAGAAAACGAGAAAAGGCAGCUUUGGUCAUCCAGACAACAUGGAGGCAGCACAGACAGAGCGACAUUGUGAUGUUGCAGUCAGCUUUAAGAGGACAUGUCUUCAGAGAGUCACAGCUGAAGGUUCUUAUGAGAGAGCCCCAGGAGAAGGCUUUGGAAUCUUUAAAGUUCACCAACAGCAUCGAUGGAGCCGUGGAUGAGGUUGCCUUGACGAUGAUACAGUCUGCCUUCAGGGGACACCUGGCUCGUUGUCCAGCAAUAAAACGCUCAGGAAUUGCUUCUCCAGCUGAAAACAGUCUGCCUCUGGUUCCAGAAAGGCCGGUCCUAACACACAGCCACAGUGCAGGUUCUGCUUCCCAGAGCUUUGACACUGAAAAGGAUCACAAGCAAGAAGACCUCUGGCCUACAUAUAGCACCACAAACUCCAGGAUAUCGCAAACCCAUGGAACAACCCAAACAGAACGCCGUUCCACGUCAGAGUUUGAUGCUGCAGUCCAGUCAGAUGAUUCAGAUGACAUCAUUGUAUCUCCGUCACGUCCAAUGAGAAGCAGAGAAGUUCUGAUGUCAUAGACCCCCUGUUUUAUGUUGGUUUAUGUGCUAAUAGCCAUUUAUGUCAGAUCAUUCCCCACCAAGUCAUCCGUUUUCAGCGUUUACUGAAUGUUUUACUACUGUAGAAAUAGGUGGCACAAGUCCGUUUUAAUUUCAAGAUCUGACUUUAAAAAGUCUCAAAAUACAUCAAAGGCAUGACCCAAUGUUGAUGGGAUGUGUUCCUUUAUAUUUGGAGGAUAAAAGAUUUAUAAGAUGAUAAUUAGUCAGCUAUCCUUUGUUUUCUUUACUUAAGUAGCACGCAGCAUGAUUUAUGUUAAAACUGCUGCCACAGAUACAAUAACUCCUGCUAACCUGACAAGCCCGAGUGAAGCAGAUUACUGUCAGCUCCUCUGAACACAUUUCAGUAGACCUGAUAUGAAACCCAUAAACGUCAGCUGUUGUAUGCUUACAGAAAUGAAUGCUGACACAUGAGUUAUGACUAGCAGCCGAUCCUCAUUUGAUGCACUAUUGAGUCAAACUGUGAAUAAAUUAUAGAUCACUCUGCUGCAAUACUUACCCAUCACUCCCCUGAAGAGUACACUGUCUACUGCUAAUGCCCGAGCUUUAUAAAUGACAGCAUGUUUUAAGGGGAUCGACUAAAGCAAUGGAUGAAUGAGUGUUGGUAAAUGUUUGUAAUUUAAAGUAGAAUUAAAAUACAGUUUUUAUAUUAA